GGUGAUUUGUUAUACGCGUCCGACGAUGACCUGACGGCCGACGGACAAUACAGCGACACUAUAUUGACCGAAGAAGAGCUUCGGACUGAAGAGGAUUUCAACCGAUUUGACUCAUAUGUAGCCUAUGUUUACGAUUUGUUUGGCGGCCCCGACGACACCCAUGGCCUCGAUGUUGCGCCUAACGACCAAACACUGGCCAACGUUAAGCCACUGGUAACGGAUCCGAUUCAACAGACAGUGUCUGACGAGUCAUUGGGCGUCACUUUAAACACUCAAAUCAGAGGCACGACUAGUGUUGAACCAGUUGUCGCCGACAAAGCGGCGCCGCAAUUGAUUGCGGCCAACAGCGCAGCAAACGUUGAUUGGGAUCAGUCAAGCGAUGGCACAACACCUACGAGUGCCGUCUUGUCAAACACCGUCACUAAUCAUAAAAAUAGUGACACAAAUACUGUCAAAGAAGUUGACAUAAACCCACCUCUUGUUAGAGACCAACCGGUUCUCAACCCCUCAUCUCUAUACGAAUGCGAUUAUAAGGACUGUUUCGCAAUGUUUGCUACCGAAGAUAGACUGCAGAAGCAUAAGAAUACUGUCCAUCAAAAGCCCGAUCAGUUGUCAUCGGCUCAAGAAAUGCCCGGCGUUUCCAAGAAUUCCACUUUCUCUCAACAACAGUCCGGUCUUUCCAGCGAUAACUCUGUGAUCGCAUCCAAUGGGUACUCGUUUUACUCGUUAAUUGGCGUAAGCGCUAAUGGCUUAGGUUUGGAUAACAUACCUGCUCCCACACCGGCCAACGCUGAGAAUAGUAGACAAUUAUGGGAUACACUGUUAGGAGUGGUCACUGAGAAGACUUCUCUUGUCUUAAACAUCGCGCACUUAGACACCAGCAAAACGAUUCCAGCGUUCGACACAAUCGCCGGCGACAAAUCAGGUCAGAGUUGCGGCGGCGACCGUCGGCUCAAACAGCGGCGGAAGUCCUCACACGACUUACCCCAGGCCUACCUCUACCGUUGCGAUCGCGAGCAGUGCGACCGCCGCUACGCCAAGAAGUCUCAAUUGGCGGCACAUAUACGGGACAAACACAGUUCGCGGGACCGACCCUUCCGGUGCCGAUACGGACAAUGCGAACGACGGUUUAACACACAACGACUCCGCGAUGAACACCGGCUCAGAGCCCAUCUUCCCUAUCGAUGCGAUUACAAGCGCUGCAAACAGGCGUACGACACGGCUGAAGGGUUACGCUAUCACCGGCGACGGUGUGUGCAUCGGCCCGACUCCAGGCGUUCGCCCUCUACGUCUUCGCAUAGGUCCGCCGUAGAGAUUCAUCGGUGCAUUGUUUGCGAUACAAAGUAUGCCAAUCGGACACAACUCUAUGACCAUACAGUUCUGGCCCACAAACCAUUGGGAAACUCUGUAACGCCCGAUAGGCGUCCAUUGGCGGAGCGGGAAAAGACCCGCAGCCCAGCGGCGAACGCCGCCCUCAAGUUUAACAAACCCAAUAAGGACUCGACGCCCAUUUACACCGACAAAGAGAUACCGGUGGCCGAGAAGAUUGCCUACACUAUCCUAAACAAUGUGCCGGUUUUGACCGCACAAACGCCUACCGAUCCGUUGCCAGUCCUCUCCAACACCAGCACUGGUUCUCCGGCAUUGGGUUUGCCAUCGUCUCAGUUAAACACAUGCGACGAAUGCGGACAAACAUUUUUCUUGCCGUCCAAUCUGGCCGACCAUAAGAAAGCCGGCCAUUCGCGCCGUGAUUACGGCUUCGGUUGCCACCUGUGCGGACACGUGUUCGCCAAUCAGCAGCUGUUGAAUAUACACGUGCGGGACAUACAUAUGUUGUUUAACAACAAUAAUGAUAAAUCGGUUCAA